AUGGCCAAGAAAAAGAAGAGUGCGCAGGUCGACUCUCCUUCCGACAACAGCGGUACCAGCACGCCCCAAUCGUCCAACGGCAACGCGAAAAAGGCGCCGCCGCCGCCGGAACCGUCGACGUCGGCACUAAUAAUAUGUCGCAAUAAGCAUUGGCGCUACAUCUCUUCCUUUCACGGGCCAUGGUUGCAGCUCCCACCAGAGGUGCUUGAGUCGCUCGCGCACAGCAACUACCUCUCUCCGCGCCCCCACCCCAUUGAUCCCGCCGUCUUCUAUGACCUCGUCAAGAUCCGCAAGGCCGUCGAUGAAGCCACGAACCUCGCCGUUCGCGCCACUAGCGGUCUCACCUCAGCGGCGCUCAGCAACUCGUUGAACGCGGGCAAUGGCAUGCUUGGAAACGCUGCAGCGCUGGGGAUAGGGUAUGGUGGGCACGGGGGAAAUGCUAAGCUGAGUAGGGAGCGGAAACAUCGCAUGCGCGAGUUGGCGACGGCGAAAUUGAGCCAGGCAUACCACUUAGACGAGAUCGCAGCCAGUGUGGCGACAAUGCAAUCAGCCUCGACGCUGGAGGAUGUCGCCCAAUUUGUGCUGCAGAGGAAUGCGAACGAUGUCGAUGCCAAAUACGUGCACUUUUUCCACGAGAAGAUUCCGUCACGGAUGAUGGCCCAAUGUACACCGCUGGAUACGCUAAAUGAAAUAAUAGCAGAGCGCCCAAGUGAUGGAUCACCCCUGCGGACGAGAGCGUUGACGCGUAUCUUUAAGGAAGAUUAUGUGAACUCGGCAAGAGACCUCUCGGAAGCGUUGGCUGUGGCGCGAUACAUCAACGCGCAGCACCGCGCAGGCAAGGACCAAUUGGUCCUGGCGAGAUCAAUACAGGAUCAGCACGGACGAGAUUGGAGACAGGAGGUCAAGAUACCCGACGAGGACCAGCCUAAUUCACUAGAAACGCAGUUGUUGUUCCAUCGUGCGGGCGUCUACUUCACAAUCGCCUGCCAACACGUGCAUGGCGCGUUGGAUGGACUGAAAGAGGCGGAGGAAGCUAAAGCAGCAAGAGAUGUUCAAGUAGCCGCAGAAGAAUUGCCGGAUGAGGAGACUGUUGAGGAAGUAGAGGGGAAUCGCCGUCGCGCUGAGGCACGGAAACAGGUGCGAACGAACGCCAAGCGUGCCCUGCGUGACUACACAGCCUUUCUGUCACAUUUCGACUACACACCUGGCAUAUCGGCUGAGGUUGCAGAGGAUUUCUUGAGACGGCUUGAAGGUUCGGCCAAUGGUUCAUAUCCCAAGGGAACGUUCAACAAGCCAUUAGAUCGUUUGCUUGAUUCAUCUUCAGCUGCUGCCUCUCCUAUUUCCGAAGCUCUUGUUCCUCAUCGCGGAUCCCGUGGACACGAUCGUGCUGCUUGGCCGAAAUUGCCAGCCCCCGAAAUCUUUAAGAUAUCCCAGCUUUUCGAUUCGGCACCACCAGCGUCGCUCCCUCCUUUCCCUCACGCCGGCGCCAAGGACCCCUCAGAAUCAGCGGCGUCGGCUGCAGCAACCGCCUUCGCUGAUUCCCACGAGAGUAUCACAUAUCAUCCUCUUCUAACCGAUGCGCUGCACUCGCUCCUUCUCUGCCAUGCUCUUAUUCAGACGCCGCCUAAGGAACUUCAGCGACACGCACAUAACGCGGCUCGUUUGGCUCGUGUCUGCGACGGCUACCCGAUCUUCCUUGCAGCGCGCUCGCCUGCGCGCGCAGACUGGAUUGAAGUGCUGCGCCGUGCGAGCAACUGGGUUGGCCUAUCUACCUCAUGGGAGAAGCUUUGUCGCCCUGCCCCUCUUCCCGGACAUGGCAAGAACGGUUCAUCCGAUGAGAGCAAGAGUGAGCGCCAAGAGACAGAAACGCAGAAGCGCGAACGUCAAAAACAUGAAGCCAUCCUCGAGGCGCUCGCCGACGAGCGUGUUGUCGAUGAAGAGUCAUUUCAACGCGCUGUCCGUGCCCGGGAGCGCCGCUUCCGCGAAGACGACGAGGCAGAGCAGCGUGCGAAGAAUGGCAGCGGCACCCCCACAGACUCUUCAGCUAAUGGGAGCCCUGCUAGUCCCGCACCUGCUCCGAAGCGAUGGGCACAAGAUGAUGGACGAGAGUACCCCAUCUCCACCGAGCGUGCAGAAGCAAUUUCCCGCUGGGUGCGUGAUGCGCCUCCGAUCACGGAGGGAACUGGGAAGAAGCGCAAGCCUAGGCCUAAAGGCAAGAAGCCCAACAUGCUAAAGCAGGAGAGCACCGGCCUGGAAGGUAGCGUUGAUAAUAUGAGUGUGCAGGACGAAGAGGUGGAGUAA